GGCCUUAUCGUCUUAAAUGUUAAAUUUAUUAAUUUAUAAAUUUUAUGGUUAUAUUAAAAAGUAUAGUUAAAACUGUUGAUUGACUUCAUUUUAAAAUUACGUGCGGCAGAGAUUAUUACAGAUACAAAUUCAUUGUUUACUUUUUAUAUAAUAUGUACCACUACAGCUUAGAACCAGUAUCGUGCAUACAAUUAUAUUUUCUUUCAUAGCUUGACUGAAAAGAUUUAUCUACUAUGAAAAAGGCCAAAACGAUGACAAUGGAUGGUGGUAAUAGCUUGACGUCGAAUGAUUACGUGGAUGCUUUUAGCUAUAUUAACGAACGGCCAGUGGAUGAUAUAUCUUUGGAAUUUUUUUACAAGCCGCAUACCAUAACCCUUUUAGCUGUAUCAAUUGCAACAGUUAUUUACACGGCAUUUGUAAGAGAUGAAUCAAGUAUUCAAGACAAUAUCUGGGCUGGGAUUUGCUGUGUAGUAUUUUUUUUCCUUAUUGUGUCAGUACUUACUUUUCCUAAUGGACCCUUUACAAGACCGCAUCCUGCAGUUUGGAGAAUUGUAUUUGGAGCAUCUGUGCUUUAUCUACUUGCAUUAUUAUUUCUGCUUUUUCAAAGUCAUUCCACUGUUUAUGAAGUAAUGUAUUGGAUUGAUCCAAAUCUUCGUAACUUCCACAUUGACAUGGAUAAGGAAUAUGCAGUUAAUUGCUCUGAUAUUUCCUUUGCAAAAGUUUGGUCUCAUGUGGAUGUUUUUGCCUGGGGUCAUUUUUUAGGCUGGACAUUUAAAGCAAUACUUUUCAGACAUACAGGCUUAUUAUGGGCUAUUUCUAUAAUGUGGGAAAUCACUGAAAUAGCUUUUGCUCAUUUGUUACCCAACUUUUUAGAGUGUUGGUGGGAUUCACUUAUAUUAGAUGUAUUAGUUUGUAAUGGUUUGGGUAUAUGGUGUGGGCUGAAAAUUUGCAAAGUCUUGGAAAUGAGGGAAUACACAUGGGUCAGUAUAAGGGAUAUUUCAUCAACUACUGGAAAGAUUAAAAGAGCAAUACUUCAAUUUACUCCUGUUCAUUGGACCCCAGUUAGAUGGUUGGACCCUAAUUGCACAUACAUGAGAUUCUUUGCUCUAAGCCAACUAGUUGUAUUUUGGCAAAUUUCUGAACUAAAUACAUUUUUCCUGAAACACAUUUUCGAAAUGCCGCCGUCACAUCCUCUUGUAAUCGCACGUUUGUGUCUCAUAGGAGUUAUUGUUGCUCCAUCCGUCAGGCAGUAUUAUACAUAUGUAACAGAUCCCAGGUGCAAGAGGGUCGGUACCCAAUGCUGGGUUUAUGGCGCGAUAAUGGUAACAGAGUCCAUGUUAUGCAUUAAAAAUGGCAAAGAUCUCUUCGGACAAGCUCAAAUGUGUAACGUCAUUGUAUGGCUAGUCAUUCAAAUUCUAGUCUCAAUAGGUUGUGUAUAUGGUGUAGUAUUAUAUCAUCGAUAUUUUGAGCCUACUAAGGACUCUGCUCCGGAGACGCCAAAGAAAGCCAAUUAGAAUUAAAAGGUAUCCUAAAGAUGAAGCUACUUAAUUUACAUAUAUAUGUUGUGAUAUUAUUAGCUUACUUUUGACUUGUAUAAUGUAUUUUAGAAGACGCCAAAAAUAAAUUAUUUAGGUUACUUUUAAAGUUACCCUCAGUUGCUUCCUAUAGUUACUAUACCUAUAUGUAUUGGGAUCCUCUUCCACUAUUUAAAAUGAUUAUUUUGUAAUGAAGACUGUGAAAUUUAGUUAAUACUUAUGAAAUAUAUAUAUAUAUAUAUACAUGUCAACCAAUAAUGGCAUUUAACCAAUUGACAAGUAUGAUAAGGAUAAAUAAACAAAUAUAUCAUUUAGGGAAAAAGUCCCUGUUAUUUUUUUCCUAAAUUUUAUAUAUAUUCCUUUCAUAAGAAAUAGAUAAUACUAUAGAACGUCAAAGUAGAAAUUUCUAUGUUUAAUGAUGACUUGAUAGCGUCUACAAAUCUAGUCAUUUCAUUUUUAUUAAUGGCAAUUUUAAAGCCUGAUUUACCACGUGAUGUGUAUAAUAUAAAACGUGAGAAAAAGUGCAUGUCUAAUAAAUUUGAGGACAUAUUGUUUAAUAUCUGCAAACACGCGUUAGAAGUACGUAGCGGUACCUGUUCUUAGUCUUACACAAACCUGCUCUUAAACAAAGUCACAAAUGUGUAUCUAUCGCUUUUCUUUCAUAUCUGAGAGGUACACACGUUUGCGGAUUUGUUAAGGUUUUUGCAUUAUACAGUUAUACUAGAUAAUGCUGCUGUCUUUCGUAUUGUGUGUAUAAGUGUAGAGAACUGACAAAUUCGUUGGUGUAAUGGUUGUAGUAGUGCGACGGCUGAUCAUGAGGUCCCGGGUUCUAAUCCCGGGUCGUGCAAAAAUCAGUUAUUGGGUUUUUCCGUCAAGAAAUUCUCAGUAGCUGCCCGGAGUCAGGAAGUUGGCGGUGUCUUACACCGGUUCCUCGGAAAGCACGUAAAGCCGUUGGUCCUGCACCUGAUCUCCCUCCGGUCGUGGUGGUUUACCGUCCCACUCCCAUCGGACUUGAGAGUAAUGGAAUAGAGCGUGCAUUUGUGCCUGCGCAUACACUUGGUCACUAUAAUCCUGCGUCGAUGGCUAGCCUCCGUUGUGCCUGGCCGCAGUAAUCGAAGUUCGGUCUGCUGGAGGACAUUAUUAGAGAACUGGAGACACUUUUUGCUGAACACGAGACAUUCCAACUUACGAGUUGCCUCAAUCGAUCGGUAUGAGCGCUGAUCGUCUUUAAUUGAGUCUGCCUUGCUUGAAAAGGCUAGGCCUCUUAUAAAUCAUCGUUUUUUAAUGCAAGAGUCCUCUUUAAUACUUAGAUGACAUCUCUUACAUAAUGAUAUGUGGCGUUUUCCCUUGCUUAGUGACUUUUUUUUGAAUUAUAUAGAAAUUAGAUUAAAAGAUAAAGAAGAAAUCAAGUUGCCAAAAGACAUUAUUUUUAUAUUUUUUUUUGCAAAUGUAUAUGCUGCGCCGUAACGAAAUAACUGCAAACGCUCUGCUAGACUCGUAAGACUGAAUGCGUCAAUUGAUAUUUUUUCACAAUUUCAAAUUGCCAAAAGGACCUUUUCAAAAUUCGUCGCCAGCUCUCAGACUAUUAGUAGGUAUUUAUAGUUGUAUUAGUCACUAAGUAGUAACAGUUAAAAAAAAUCGCCCCUCUUUCUAACUCCUCCAUUCCGCGAACUUUUUGACCCGCAUUCGUAGUUUUCAGGGGUGACAGCACAUCUGCAUUUUGAUUCUUAAUUGAAGAUGUCUAUGGGCCACAGCAUCCACUUACCAUCAGGUAAACUGUGUGCUUAUUUAUAAAAGAAACUUACUUUAACUACAACCUAUAUAGGUACAUCCUACUUAUGGUCUCUGAGUUCUGAGAGGGGUAUGGUGCAAUGGGGGCUAAUAAUAUUACGCUAAGCAGAUGUCGCUAGUUGGGACUAAGGUAAGCUUGUUGAACUGUUUCGCAGAUGGUGUCACAUAGUGGAAUAUUCAUUGAAAAUUUGUUUUAAAUACAAGUUUUCUAUUUCUAUUCUUGUAUAUACACAAAACAAUGUUUUCUUUCAUUUUUUACACGUUUUCAAAAAUUUCACCUCAAUCCUAAUCCGCCCUGGUGGCAGAAAAAGUGGUGGAUGAACUGAUUAGUCCGCGCUGAUUCUUAACAUGUAGUCGGAUAUGUCCUCAUAUUUUAUUCCUUGGACAUGCCAGUUUCCUCACGAUGUUUUUAAUAUUCGUCACGCAAGAGGUAAGUCGGCAUUAAAAUUGUAAUUGUAAGCUGCCACGUCUUAAAAUUCAUACUCGCUUGAAAAAUAUGACUGCAGCCCAUUUAUAUACGCGAUUUUCUUUUAAUUUUUGUUUUGUUUAGUAUACUCUCCGCAUCGAAUGUCAUUACAAGAUCGUAUAUUUCAGUUUAACGUGUGUAAAGCAAACAAGGUAUAAAAAAGUGUAUUGAUAAAAUCCUCUAUGCAGUGACCAGGAGGCAAUUCGGUUAUUUAAAUAUCUACGUGAGGCUGCUGAUGUGUUUCUAAAUCAUAGCUGGUUUUUUUUGGACGACUUAAAGGCCUGAAAUAACGAGGCCUAAAUAGACACAGCCUAUUGCCUGGGACCUUCUGCUAACCACUGAACCAGACGGGUUCGAUUUACAGUUUACCUCCUUUUUGGGUGAAUUUGAUCAAUGCCUCAUGAAAUUAUCUGUAUCUUCAUAUUCCCCACCCGGUUAUGAUUCCCGAGGUGUUGGAAGUAAAUAGCGGUAUAAGUUAGCGAAUUAGGAUGAGAUGUGCUACGUUUUUUGCGUCCUAUCCAUGCGGCGUAGGUACCUAUCUUGAGUUAUGACUCGAGAACACAAAACAUAAAGCAGUAGAGCUUUAUGGUCGGUCGCAUUUCUACCGGUUAAACCGGAUGACACAUUGGCGCAUACGGUUAAAGAAGAAACGGACUAGUUCACUAAUGAAAUUCACGUCUCGACCACCUCACUUAUGUCACCUCAAUCCUCAGCUUACACUAUGCGGUACACCUCUUUUCGGAGUCCUGCAUCACUACCAAAUAGUUCUUAAAACUUUGCGAGACUUCUAGGCGUAAACAAAACGAGUGGACCAGAUGGUAUACCAGCUAUAGUUCUCAUCUCAUAUAGGACAUCUCAUAGUAGGUACCCAAAUCAUGAAAGCUUUCCAAUGUGCAGCCUGUGCCCAAAAAAAGGCAGUCGUGCAGAUCCUAUCAAAAAUGUUCAGGCCAAGGUGCGGGGGGUCUUUACGCCAGGACAAUUACUUGCUAUAUAUAAAACGCGCAAGUCCGUUAGUGCAUGAGCUGUUGCUGCAAAAAACUAUCUAGCAGCUUUUGCACAGGCGCGCUAAGAUGCCUAUUGGUAACCUAAAUCUGGUUAAAGCCAAUCAUACUAGUUUAGAUUACAGCCUAAAGUAGCCAAACUUUCGGUGUUCUACAGAGUAAAUUUCGGAGAGUGUGUGCAGGAAUAGCAUAAUAGUUUCUUAGUUAGAAAAAACUAUCAGUUUCAAGUAUGAAGGUAAACUUCAGGCUUAGGACUGUCAACCAAGAUCUAGAAUAAGUAGGUGCUUUAAAUGCAGUGUGUAAAACACAAUAUUAAAGAGAUAUUUAAUAAUAAAUGAAAACAACUUUUUGAACAAGUUUUUAAAUUUGUUGGUUAUAAGUAUGACUAUAAUAUUUACAAAACUUUCAUUCACUCGUGCGAUAUUUCGUACUAGCUCUGUUGUUUUUAGGCUGGCUUUUCACUAUGGGAUAUAAUAUAUUAUAUCACGCGAUUGGCUUUCACACUGUGAGAUAUAUCUUUUAACCAGUGUGCGUUCGUCAUUGGUUAUUGGAUUACCCCCCUUUACCCCGUACACCGUUCUGCGGGGGCGCGGAAUGGUGUGCGGGGUACAGGGGGCGAGAUAUAAUAUGAAAAUAUCGCUCGGUCGAUCGAAAAAAUAUUUAUAGCUUGAGAUGUAAUAUAUAUUAUAGCAGUGUAAACGGUUCCAUAUGAAAUGUAUGGUGAGCGAUAUUAAUUUAUAUCUCGAGAUGUAAUAUAUAUUAUAUUAUAUCCCAUAGUGAAAAGCGGGCUUUAGAGAAGCCGGAUCGAUAUAAAAUUCGUUCGCUCGCUUGGUCUCGUACAGGACAUGUGGAACUGCCUGAAUCUUUGACACCUCGGACUGGACUGAUAUCUUUCCAGAAGAGAAAAUAGUUCCUUAAACUACUUCAAUCUACUACUACUUAUCUCUUAUCAAACCCUGCAACGCUACACAUACGUACAAUAUUGCAAAGGAUAGAUGCGGUUUUCUUCCUUUGUGGAGGGAUUUUUCUUAUUUCAACUUAAAACUUGUAACGAAAAAAAUAUAAAGUUACAUGUAUGUGUCACUUAUCAAAACUUUUGAAAUUUUUACAUUAUUAAAAACUACGAAACGAAAGAUCAGCAACACAUGAUAAUGAAUGAUUGAAUGACAGGUCUAGUGAUAUUUUGAAAUAGUGUCAUUAUUUACACUUGGCCACCGGGCUACAUUAGUUAGUAAAUUAAUUAUUUGACUCGAGAGACUGAGACUUGGAGCUCAGAAACCUGAAUGUUUAGGAUAUUAUAAUCAUAUUCCAGUCACAUUAAUCUGAUUAUGAUGCAGCUAAAAAAUAUUGAUUAAUUAACGAAACACUAACCAUUUACUCCACGUGUGAACACUAUUACGGAUGUACUAACACGUAACGUGGUUUCUUACAAAUGUAAGAUAGGCGUUCCAUAUAUGUACGAGUACAUAUAUGACCAAGAGAGCAAGCAAAGACUUUUUAUGUAUAAACUAAUUCAAAUAUUUGCUUUGGUUCUUGCACAGAAUUUGUACUUAUAUCAUGAAUUGAAAUGUCAUUUGCAUUGAGUUAUAUUGUACUACGUACUGGAGAAGCUAUUCCAAACAAAAAAUGUGCGCUACUCUGUCUUCGCGCAUGUGCGGUAGAUGGAAUAUUUUUUCUAUUAUAAUAUUACGAUAUUAUUACCUAUUUAUUCACUUGAACAACAAAAAAUUUUACUCAUUUGGCUACUGAAUUGUUAUUUACGCCCAGGUUCAGUUGAACAUAGUGAAUGUUCUGAAUGUGAAAUCUAGUGCGUAGUACAUAUAUAUAUAUCGCUGGUCAUUUGAUGAGUACCUACACCUAUAAUCGUUAUCAUUUGUAUAAUUUUCUCAUGCGACCAUCACUCGAGCUAUAGCUUCGAUUUAUGUAUUCCAUUAGAAAAUAAAUUUUACAUUAUACCUAUAACUUACAGUAAGGUAAAUUAUGUAAUGUAAGCUACUAUUGUGUCGCUCUGUAUGAAUUUGUAACACAAAGAUUUAUUGCAAUCUGAAUAGUGUUGUAAAAGCGGAACUUAGAUAAUAUAUAUUAAAACAUAAAUAAAUAAAAAAAUAUUGGCGUUUAUUGAAAAAGCUAUUGACGGGAAUCUUAGUGUUGUUAGUUGUUUUUCAGUAAAUAAAGGUUCCUUCCAUU